AUGGCGUCCCCAUUGCGGGGGCUGCAGACGAAGCCGGUGACCACCUGCCUCAAGACCGUCCUACUCACCUAUUCCUUCGUCUUCUGGGUGUCGGCCAUUGUGCUGCUGGCCGUGGGCAUCUGGGGUAGGGUGAGCUUGGCCAUCUACUUCUCCCUGUUGGACGAGAAAGCCACAAAUGUCCUGGUGGGUGCGGGCACCAUUGUUGUCCUCCUGGGCACCUUUGGCUGCUUCACCACUUGCCGUGGCAGCACCUGGAUGCUCAAGCUGUAUGCCAUGCUCCUGUCCCUCAUCUUCCUCAUCCUCCUGGUGGCCGCCAUCGUGGGGUUCGUCUUCAGGCAUGAGAUAAAGACAAACUUUGAGAGUAACCCCAAUCUAGCCUUGAAGGACUACAAUGUGAUGGCGGAUUGGCACAGCGAGGCUGUCAACACCAUCCAGAGAACACUGCACUGCUGUGGGGUGCAGAAUUAUUCUGACUGGGAGAGGACUGAAUACUUCAGCAAGAGGGGCACCCCCUGGAGCUGUUGCAAAAACCAGAACGACUGCUCAGAGGAAGAUCUGAAAGACCCAAACAAGGUCAAGCUGAAAGGUUGUUUUUUCCUGGUAACAUCAACAAUCGAGUCCAAAAUGAGUGUUGUGGCUGGAAUCUCCUUUGGCAUCGUGUGUUUCCAGUUGAUUGGCAUCAUUCUCUCCUGCUGCCUGUCCUGGUACAUCAGAAACAAUCAGUAUGAGAUGGUGUAG